AUGGGCAAGUCGGCGAGGCGGCUUGCCGGGACGACCCAGAACCUCAGGAAAAUGGCCUUCAACGCCGGCGGCGGGGUGAUCAACUGGUUCCCGGGCCACAUGGCGGCCGCCACCCGCGUCAUCCGCGAGCGGCUCAAGCUUGCCGAUCUCGUCAUUGAAGUUCGCGAUGCUCGCGUGAGUUCGUCAUUACCUCCUACUUCUCCAUCCUCCCUCUCAUCCCUCGCUCGUUCUCUCUCUCACUCUCUCUCUCCCCUUGACUCAUGCUUAGAAAUUCUCAUCCUUCCGACAACAACUUCACCGCUGCUGCGGCCCUUGGGUGCGGCCUUAGCUUCCGUGAAGUAACGGGGACUUAAUGGACCUGCAGCUUUGUCACAUGGGUUGGUUGUAUGCUAUUGUUUGUCCAAAAAAUGCGAACAAAUAAGAGCAUAAAAUAUUAAGAUGACAUUUCUUGGAUUGGGGAUGGUAGUUAAGAUAGCGAAAGAAAUCUGAGUAUUUUCUUCGGAAAUCUUCUCGCCAUUCUGAUCCUCGUUCAGCUGCUCAUGGGUUGUUUCUCGUGCUCUCGGGGCUUCCUUUAGUGCAGCGCCUGUGGAUUCGGAGUUGAUAAAGCUUCUGUCGUAGUCAUUGCCAGGCACAUAAUCAGGAACAUUUGCAGCUUGAGAUGCUGAUUUCCUUUUAAUUCCUGUCAGAUUCCCUUGUCCUCCGCCAACAUGGAUCUACAGAGUUCUCUCUCUGGUAAAAGGCGCAUCAUCGCUCUGAAUAAGAAGGAUUUGGCGAACUCCAACAUAAUGCAUGUAAGAUUUAUGCAUAGAGUAAUACUUUUCGUGCAGUUUGUGUUCAAGGGUUUUCAUUUCCUUGUCUCGGCCAGAGUUCUCUUUGAUUCCUUCGACAACUCUUCUUUUUGAUGAUUUAGCGGUGGUCUCGUUACUUUGAAACGUCCAAGCAAGAUACCCUCGCAAUUAACGCAUGUAGUAGGGGCUCUGUCAAAGAGGUAAUACGAUUAUAAUUUGAAAAUUAUUUUUCUGUUUAAUUAUUUCACCUGCGAGCAAAAGAUUCCACUCCAAAAUUUUUCCUGUUUAGUUUUUCCUCCUGCCAGAAAUCUAUCCAAUUUCAAAUUUCUUCUAAGCGUAACAUGUUUGAGGUGUUAAAGCUUCAGUUAUAUGGAUAUUUUUUCGAAUCUCCUUUUUGGGUAUCAUUGGAUAUUCAGAGAAUCUCACUUGUUGUUCAUGCAUUUAUGGCUUUUCAAAUGAUAUAUUUUGAAAAUAUGGUAAAUGUCUAUGGGAGCUUAGUAUCAUCUCUGUCUUUGGUCUUGCCUAGAGAGAGGUUUUGAAACCUGGGUUUUAGAACUCAGAUUGGUUAUGCCUAGUUCCUGUUCCAGUUAUGAUCCCGGAUGAACAUCAGCUGGGGAAGAGCAGAUUGUUUCAGUGAAUCUCAGGUUGGGGAAGGGAGAGGAGAGGAUGAGUAGGAUUGGAAGUUGUUGAGGAGGAAAGAGAAAAGGAGAAUAUAAAAGAAGAAAAUAAUGUGAAGAAAAUUGACUCCUUGGACAGGUGCUGGUGUGAGCUGUAUGUUUUUCUUCCCGUCCUCUCUUACUGCCACACUCCUCUCCAAGAACACUCGUGCUCAAAAAUUAACUAGCAGUCCAGCACCUUAAAGGGGAAUUUGGAAAAUACAAGAUUAACUUGUUGGGAACAAUUUUAUGCUGAAAAGAAUGAUUAUGAUAACAUGCUGGCGUGUAGCUCAGUGAAAACUUUUAGGAUACAGAUUUUGAUGGAUAAUGGGAGCUGACUCUCUCAGAUCAAAGCAGGGGCGAAAGAUAGAGGCAGUUGAACCACAUCGAUGAAUAUUUUCUUCUGUAACUUAAGUUGCAUGGGACGCACCUGCUCUUACAUACUCUCUUCAUUGAUUUUCUUCAUGGUUCUUGAGUGAGCAUGAUUUAGGUCUUGCGUGAUCACGAGGUGUCAACACUCCUUGCAUGCGUCCUGGAUUAUUUCGAACACUUUGUUCACAAAACGCCGUGGGAGUUGUGAGCUUCAUACAAACUAUAAAACUCAUUUUCAAUGUGAAGUGUUGUAAUUUAUCCACCAGUACGUGUACUUCUAAUGUUCAGAUCUUCCAUUUUGGUUUGUGUCGUUGGAUCGACGGUGGAUAUCCAACUUCUGUUGCAGCUGAUACAAUGGUUUUAUUGAUCAACCCUAUUGGCCUUGGAAGUCUUUCUGAUGGCUGAUACAGCUGCACAAUAUCUUGCACUGAGGAUCGAAACUAUAUUAUUCAUUACUGCAAAAAGAUAGUGUACUUUCUCGACCUUGGGUAUCACACGAAGUUGUGACUUCCUGGAUGAAGGUUUCCCAUGCUAAUUGUAGUGACCUUUUUUUUCUAGAGAUUGCUACGAGUAAAAAAUAAUGUGAGCAUCAUGUCCUGUAUCAAGUGUGCUUUGUAUCGAUCAAAGUGUGAUGCCCAUACCCAAUAUCUUUAUGCUCAGAAAGAUCCCUUUUAGGUCGUUAUGGUAGAAGAUCUGUAAAAUAGCCAAAUCUUUGAAACUUUUUUAAUAUUUUAUCCAAAUUCCUAAGAUUAGAAUCUCAUCAACUAAGUCAUUAUAAUGGGAAAUUAAAACCUCAGAAUCCUGCUCAUUUGCUCCUUCAUGUUGUAAGACAUGAAUCCCUAGGCUCAAGGCUACGAAGUGUUGCUCUCAACCUUUGUGGAUAUGACAUUCCCACUGUUGAUUGUCGUCACCUCGAAUGAAUAAGUUACCAUCUAUUAUGGAUCGAAAGAUUGCUACCAACAAAUUUGAUAACCUUGAUUUUCAUAUCUUAAAAGUGUACUCAAUUUUUUUUUUCCAUGAAUUAUUCGGAAAUCUUUUAACUUGUGAUCUGCUUGGUUUGACCGGAAGCUGAAUGCUUCUCUAGUCACUCUGAUACGAAAAAAUAAUGGAAUUUUGGAAAUAGACAGUGCUUCAAUCAUAUAUAUAUAUAUAUAGCUGUGCAUGUGACAGGGCUGACAACCUCACCUGGCUAUGGUUCCAGGUGAGCCAAUGACAGAAGAGCAGUGACUUAGUUGGUAAAAAAAUUCAAGAAGCAAGUCUAGACGAACCAUAUUUAUAGGCAGCUUCAUUUUGCACAUGAUGGACUUGCUAAUUGUUUUGCUUGAAUAUGCAACUGUAAUUGCUGUUACAAUGCUUUUUGGAUGCCUCUAUUAUCUUAAUUUUUGUUUCAACCGUCUUUUUAUGACAUGCUCGAAAAGUAUUCUCCCUACUGUACAAUGUCCCGCUCAAUUCUAGCUUUGAGUCACCCUAUUUAUUGUUUCUGCCAUUAAUAUUGCGGUUUCGUCUAGGACUCUAGUUCUGUUUGUCACCUUUUCUGUCUAGUCAGCUUUACUCGUUUCUUCCAUAAUUACCCUGUUGAUUUUCGUUUUCGGAAUGAACAGCUGCUUACACUCGUGGAACUGAAACUGAAGGAAGUUAUCUCCAGAGAACCGACACUUUUGGUCAUGGUUGUUGGCAUUCCAAACGUUGGGAAGUCUGCACUUAUUAAUUCCAUCCAUCAGAUUGCAUCGUCUCGCUUUCCUGGUGACUGGUUCCACUACUUCUGAAGAUUUCCUGUUAACUAUAAUCAAGUUUUCAAAGUUUGCCGUUUAUUCCUUUGAGAAUUGGAUGGUACAUCUUUUCCCAUUGAAAUGGUUCUUUGUGACAGUACAUGAUAAAAUGAAGCGAGCAACUGUAGGACCUUUGCCUGGAGUCACCCAGGAUAUUGCAGGAUAUAAGGUCAAAAUUAUGCAUAUUUACUGUUUUGAGAAAUCGAAUAGUAUCUUCAUCAACGUGUUUAUGUUUUCAAGUUUUGGUCUUCGUCGAAUACAUUUAAUUUGAAUGUUAUUUGAAUGUAUUUUUCAUUAUGUUUUUUAUGGCGGUUAUUGUUGUUGUACCCUACAUGGUCAUUGUUCAUUCAUCAUGUUGGCAGAAGCACCAGUGUGACUCUCUAGAAUCUAUGGCCUUUAAUGGUUUUUCGUUGAUGGAGAAAACCCAAACUAUGUGCUGCGAAUGUUCUGAGGUUUAAAUGGAGUCCCUCAUUUAAUUUGAUCAGUUGAUAUGUUAUUCAAUCGCAUCUAAGGGAGGAAAUGUCAAACUCCACAUUAAAUUGUAAGGAUAAUGUUAUGAAUCUUAAUACGAAAUAAUAUAUGUUGCAACCUCCACUUCAAGUGUAUCAGCUGGCAUAUGCUCAUACUGCUAACCUUUCAAGUUUUCUGAGGAAAAGUCGCAUCCUAACUUGUUAUGUUAAGCAGUCCUUCCGUCUAGGUUUAUGCCAACCUUUGAGUUGUUCAAGACGUCCUGAUCCUUGAUUUCUGCAUGAGCAUCCUCCCAAAUAUAAGCUUUUUGUUGCUGCUCUGGUUAAUUUUCUGUACCAUGCCUGGUUUUUUGACAAACAAUGGCGUCAAAAGCUUUCUGUUGCUCCUAUGACAUUGCUGGACCGUUCUGUUGUUAUCUGUGCUAUAGGGAAGGGUAGGGAGUCUUGAGGAAUCAAAACCAUUUUGUGGUAUUAAGUCUUGUCUGCAGAUACUCUUAUCAGAAUAUUUAUUCAUUUUGGCUUAUGUAGACUUCAUCUAAUGCAUCAGCGAAUGAGCCAAUCUAUUUCAUGCCGCUUAGUUUUUAGUGAGUUUGGAGAACCAAACAUUCGAUUACUCAGAAAUCAGAGACCCAGCCCUUAUUUGAAUCUGUACGGAAUAAAAGGUUGUACUAAUGAAAUGAUAACAAUCACGUGCAGAUGUAUGUAAUAUACUGAUCUUGUGUCAUAAUCGUGUGUUCAUGGUGUUCUUUAUCCAGGGUCUGCUUGUAAAUGGCUAAUGCACUAAUUAGUGGCUUGCUGACUGUCAUACUAGUUGGAUGUAAACUUUUCUUCAUGAGCAUUCUAGAUAUUAUAGAGAUUAUCUCGGACACUAGUUAUAGAUAUUACAGAUAUUAUUAUCGAUAAUAAUAUUUUAUUUUUAUUGAUGCGAAGACUUCAAUUACAUGUAUUAUGGUCAUGUAUAUUAUGAUAUUAUUUAUUUUUUCUUCAUUUUUUCUGUAUAUUACGAAGAAACGCACACAUCUGUUUCUGUAUUUCUCAACCCAGUGGUUGGAAAAUAGCACGAUUUCCUUUUCAAAGAAAUUUAUACAACAAUUGAUGACGUCUUCCACAGAUUGCAAAUCAGCCUAGCAUAUACGUUUUGGACACACCUGGUGUUCUGGUUCCUAGCAUUGCAGACGUAGAGACGGGACUGAAGCUUGCCUUGACAGGUUUCCUCUUCUACUUGUUUGGUUUCUUUCCCAGAAGUUGGCUCAGAAAUUCUUAACCAAAACAUUACAGGAAGACCUAGCAUUGUGCCCGAACGAGGAUGCCCGAAAUCUCCUUGACCUGGAGCUUUUACUCUAUCACUUGAUAUAUAUACAUAAGUUGAAUGCUAGUGAUAUAUUUUAUAGCCUUGAUUUAAUAAGAAGAUAAUUCCUCAAUUUAGCGCCUUUCUUGGUUAACUUGAAAAAAAUGAUUCUGUUCAUGUUAAGAGCCUCUGACAUGACUGUUUCUGACGCUAUAAGUCCUUUGUUUUCUCGAGAUGGGUACUUUAUUUUAUGUUUAAUCUACCUUAAUUUCUCCUGUUUGGUGGUCCUAGAGUGGUGUUCAUAUUCAAAACUAUCUUACUAUCCUUGAAAACUUUCCUGUGACCCAGGAGCUGUGAAGGACUCGGUUGUUGGUGAGGAGCGCCUUGCUAGGUACUUUCUUUCUGUCUUGAACAACAGGAACACACCUCUCCAUUGGAAGAACUUGGACAAUGAGCGGAGCGGAUCUCUAUCUGAGGCGAUAACAAGAAAUAAAAAAUUAUUUAGAGCUUCUUUAGGAAGGACGGGGAAACAAUUGGAUCAUUCUGACGUGUGGUAUAUUGAGGUAAUAUAUUUAGUUUCUUCUCAUAUACCUACGAAGCUUAUCUAUGAGGAAAAAAAGAUUCCCUACUCACUGUUGAAUGGCUGGUGGCACUUAAUUAUUACCUGGGUCUCCAUGCUGUUUUGGUCAGCUCUAAUUCCUCUUUUCUUCAUUAUUAUCCACUUUUCUCACCUCAUGGUCAUUCUUACAACCCUCUUUUUGUCUCUGUCCUCUUUUUUGGCUGUGCCUCUGCCCAUCUUCCCUUUGUAUCCUCUCCCAUCCUUUCAUCUUUUUCUCUUCUCACUAUCUCUCUACUUCCAUCAUCAUCCAUCUUAUUCUCUCUUAUCUUUCCUGAUGAUUCGGUUCUUUCUCAGCUCUUUCCAUUUCUUUAUAUUCUCUUUUACAUGCUGUCAUAGAACCUUUUCUUCUCUUCUCUCUCUACUGCCUUCCACCCUAUUCUUUCUUUGUGCUCAAUCUUUCCCAAUCUGUUGAUCUACCUUUGUCUCUACCAUUGUGUAGAAGUUUUGAUGUUGUUCUCACCCUCAACAUCCUCAUCUCAGCUAUCUCCUCACCAUAAUAGUCCUGCUGCCGCCUCAGUUCUAUCGGUGAUGUUUCCUUUCAAUCUUCACCAAUGCCUCUAUUGUCAAUCAUUCAGAGCCCAACUUGAUCUACUGGUAAUUUUAACUGCUUUCCAGACUUUGAUGUCGCGAACAGGUGAUAUUUUAUCAAUGGCUGUUGUAAAUUCCCCCCUUUUUUUGUUUUCUGAGGAUGGUUCCGUGACAUGUCCAUUGAAAGAGUAUUUGCCCCGUUCGACGGAGAAAUUACUUCUAAAAUUUUCCUCUAUAUAAUCUACUUCCGCGGUUUUGUUAACUCACAGUUCCGUUAUCUUGUCACACCUGGCGAAUGCAGGACAUUGUAAAGGAUGUUCAACGGACAUUGCACACCACAUUCGUUUCAUUCGAGGGGGAUUUAACUGGGGAUGAUGACGAUCUGGAGUGCCUCAUUGACGAACAACUGACAGCCCUCCAGGAGACAUUAAAGAUAUCGACAAAAUCUGUGGAAGAAGCUCGCACCAUGGUCUCAAAGAAGCUGAUAACUUUGUUUAGAACCGGCAAACUGGGGCCUUUUAUUCUUGAUAGCGUUCCUGAGGCCCCUGCACACAUUUCCUGA